CUCCGGCGGCGGCGGCGGCGGCUCCGGCGGGCGCAUGGAGGGGGCGGGCGCGGAGCGGCGGGGCGCCCGCAACCUGCCCUGGGUGGAGAAGUACCGCCCGCAGGCCCUGGCCGACCUGGUGUCCCACGGCGACGUCCUCAGCACCAUCCAGAAGUUCCUCAGCGAGGACCGCCUGCCGCACCUCCUCCUCUACGGGCCGCCGGGCACCGGCAAGACCUCCGCCAUCCUCGCCUGCGCCCGCCAGCUCUACCGGGAGCGGGAGUUCGGCUCCAUGGUCUUGGAGCUGAACGCCUCCGACGACCGAGGCAUCGACAUAGUCAGAGGCCCCAUCCUGAGCUUCGCCAGCACCAGGACCAUCUUUAAGAAAGGCUUCAAGCUGGUGAUCCUGGACGAAGCGGAUGCCAUGACGCAGGACGCCCAGAACGCCCUACGGCGAGUGAUCGAGAAGUUCACCGAGAACACCCGCUUUUGCCUCAUCUGCAACUACCUCUCCAAGAUCAUCCCCGCCCUGCAGUCGCGCUGCACGCGCUUCCGCUUCGGCCCCCUCAGCCCCGAACUCAUGGUGCCCCGCCUGCGGCACGUCGUGGAGGAGGAGAGGGUGGACGUGACGGAAGAUGGGAUGAAGGCUUUGGUGACCCUUUCGAGCGGUGACAUGCGCAGAGCCCUGAAUAUCUUGCAGAGCACCGCCAUGGCCUUCGGGAAGGUGACGGAGGAGAACGUUUACACCUGCACCGGGCACCCCCUCAACUCUGACAUUGCCAACAUCCUCGACUGGAUGCUGAACCAGGAUUUUUCCACUGCCUAUCGGAAAAUCACGGAGCUGAAGACGCUGAAGGGCUUGGCCCUGCAGGACAUCCUCACGGAGGUCCACCUGUUUGUGCACAGAGUCGAUUUCCCGCCCUCCAUCCGCAUCCAGCUGCUGAUCAAGAUGGCAGACAUCGAGUACCGACUGGCCGCUGGGACAAGCGAGAAGAUUCAGCUGAGCUCCCUCAUCGCGGCUUUCCAGGUCACCAGAGACCUGAUCGUGGCCGAAGCCUAAGCCGAGCGGCCGUCGGGCCCGUGCCCUGAGCUGCCGCCAGAGAACGUGGCUUUCUGUUUCUUCUCUUUAUUUUUUUUUUUUCCUUUUUGCAAGUCUUCUGCCCGCGGCUGGGGUGUGAGAGCCGGGCAGCGACGUCUGUGAGCUUCCCCGGGAAAUGCAGACACCCCGAAAGCCAAA